AUGAAUAAUGAGCCUACAACUUCUACACAGUAUUCAAGCACACCAGCAUCAGUUUCUACGCAGUCAUCAAUUUCAACUGAAGAUAAUUUUCAUUGGCAACCAUGGCAACAUAUUAAUUUCAACGAUACCGACCAUUUAGUGGCGAAUUGGGAUGAAAGCGAUGACGAUGUUGAAUGUUCUGAUGACGAGAAUGAAAUGUUUAUGUAUGAAACUGAAAAUUACGAAACUUUUGAUCCUGAUUUAGAACUUGAUAUUAAUAGUUUACCAAUUAUAUUUGAAGACGAAGGUGAGUAUAUAACUAUUCCAAACAAUGAAUGUUCUGUUAUCAAUCAACCAAAAUUAUUUAACAAUGAAGCACUGACGUUAGACAUUUGUGAACCAGGUCCCUCUUCCUCCAAUAUUUAUUUAGAUACAUCUAAAAAUAAUAAAUACGAAAGUACCACCUAUCCAAAUCCUUCUGUUAUUCAAUCAGCUAGAACUAAGACGCUUCGUCCCAAAUUUUCUCGUAAACUGAUAGAAAGCACUCAAAAAAGAUUUGAAGAAAUACGUAGAUUUAUUCAUUUUAACGACAACAAUAAAAUGUUAGAAAAAGAGGAUAUACAUUAUGAUAGAUUGUAUAAAAUACGUCCCCUCAUUGAUCAUUUAAACAAUAAAUUCAACUCGAUUCCUUACCCAAGAGACUUAUCACUUGAUGAACAGCUUUGUGCUACAAAAGCGAGAAGUUAUUUAAAAAAGUAUAUGCCUGCUAAACCCCAUAAAUGGGGUUUUGAAUUUUUUGUAUUGUGUGACUCAAAAGGAUUUUCGUACCAAUUUGAAAUUUAUUCUGGCCAAGAAAAUGAUCAACGAUUUCGAUUACUACACGAGCCGGAUCUUGGUGCUAGUUCUAACAUAGUUGUACGUCUUACUAGAAAUAUUCCACGCCAUAAAAAUCAUCGAAUAUAUUUUGACAAUUUCUAUACUAGUAUUCCAUUAGCUUCAUAUUUAUACCAAAAUGGAAUUUUGUGUCUAGGGACAGUACGGAAAGACCGAUUACCUAACAAUAAAAUACCUAAUGACCAAAUUAUUAAAAAAGAUGAACGUGGAAAAUCGUAUGAGUAUUUGACAGUUUAUGAAAAUACGCCUAUGUCCGUAACUUCGUGGAAAGAUAAUAGGCAAGUAAACUUAUUAUCAACUUACUGUGGAUCAUUACCGAUGCUGACUGCCAAUAGAUUUGAUAAAAAAUUGAAAAAAAAAAUUAAUAUUGAUUGUCCUACCGUAAUUAAAGAAUAUAAUAGGUUUAUGGGAGGAGUUGAUCUUUUAGAUAGUCUUAUUGGCCGAUAUAAAGUUCGUAUGAGAUCAAGAAAGUGGUAUAUGCGAAUUUUUUAUCAUUUGAUUGAUACAUCUGUUGUCAAUUCAUGGCUCCUAUAUAAAAGAACCCAAUCUCAGCUUGGAAAACCUAGCAAAUAUACACUUGUUGACUGGCGAAAAUCUUUAGCAUAUACUCUAACGAGAAUAGGUUUUGUACAAACACCAACUAGAGGUCGUCCGUCAUUAGAAAGCAGCCUAAAAAAACAAAACCGAACCAGACCAACGCAGCGUCCUACUCAGGAUAUCAGAACUGACAACAUUGGACAUUAUAUAAACCAUAUUGAAAAAAAAGGACGUUGCAAGUUUCCAAAUUGUAAAGGUUACACAAACUUUCAGUGCAGUAAAUGCAAUGUCUAUUUAUGCAAUUUAACCAAUAUAAGUCAGCAUUCUAAUGAGGUACCAAUCGAAGACUACAUUGAAGAUAACGACGAAGAUCAAGGUUCACAGGAUGCAAUUGAGCAAUUAGAUAGAAUUACUCAAAGUGCAUCUACAGAAAAAGCCUAUGAUCAGUUCGGGAAACAUGUUGCGUACUAG